AAUUUAUAGAAUAGAAAAAGACGAAGACGACUCAAUUUCAUAUACAAUUAACAAUAAAAAUGUACCUACUACUAUGACUGCUACUGCUGAAUUAAUUUAGCUUAUUAAACAAUCAUGGAUGACUUGCACAAAUUGGAAUCGGAGAUGGAAUCAUCGGCUUUGCGAUCAACCGAAGGAGACUACGAGGAGACUCUGCAGAUGGAAAGUAAUGACGCCGCCGACGCCGACGCCGACGCCGACGCCGAUUACGAAGACGACGUCGUGUUAUCUGGAGAUAAACUCACAGGAGGAGAUUGGAAAGAAACUAUCAAUAAGAUCGUUCCCGCUGUUGUUGACAUUCGAAUUACGACUUGUCGUGCCUUCGACACUGAACUUCCGUCAUCUGGUUGUGCUACGGGAUUUGUCGUUGACAAAAUACGAGGCAUCAUUCUCACUAACCGACAUGUCGUUAAACCUGGUCCAGUUGUUGCGCAGGCAAUAUUUGCAAACCAUGAAGAAGUUCUUUUAUAUCCUAUAUAUAGAGAUCCAGUCCAUGAUUUUGGUUUCUUUCGUUACGAUCCUGCUGCAAUUCAAUAUCUGAAUUAUGAAGAGAUUCCUCUUGCCCCUGAGGCUGCAUGUGUUGGGUUGGAAAUUCGAGUUGUUGGCAAUGAUAGUCGUGAGAAGGUAUCGAUUUUGGCUGGUACUCUUGCUCGUUUGGAUCGGGAUGCUCCCGGAUAUAAAAAGGAUGGCUAUAAUGACUUUAAUACGUUCUACAUUCAAGCAGCUUCUGGAACUAAGGGUGGUUCUAGCGGUUCACCGGUGAUUGAUCGGCUAGGCAGAUCUGUGGCCCUAAAUGCUGGAGGCAAAACAUCAUCUUCGUCAUCAGCCUACUUUUUACCUUUAGAGCGAGUUGUUAGGGCACUGAGACUUAUCCAGAAGGGAAGAGAUUCUAAUAUCAGUACAUGGGAAGCAACUCCGGUACCUCGCGGUACUCUUCAGGUGACAUUUCGAUAUAAAGGAUUUGAAAAAGUUCGGCAGCUUGGUCUUCAAAGUGAGACAGAGCAGAUGGUAAGGCGUGCUUCUCCACCUGAUGAAACUGGAAUGCUUGUUGUUCAGUCUGUGGUACCGGGUGGUCCAGCUGAUACGCAAUUGGAGCCAGGGGAUGUUCUAGUAUGCGUGAACGGGGAAGUAACUACUCGAUUUCUGAAACUGGAGACUCUGCUUGAUGAUAGCAUUGGCAAAACAGUUCAAAUACAGGUUGAAAGAGGUGGUGAAUCUCUGAUUGCAAACUUAGUGGUUCAAGAUUUGCACUCAAUAACUCCUGACCAUUUUUUAGAAGUUAGUGGAGCAGUGAUUCACCCUUUGUCUUAUCAACAAGCGAGAAGCUUUCGCUUUCAAUGUGGGCUUAUAUAUGUAGCACAACCUGGAUAUAUGCUAUCAAGAGCUGGAGUUCCUCGACAUGCUAUCAUUAAGAGUUUUGCUGAUGUAGAGAUAUCACAACUUGAAGAUCUAAUCUCUGUUUUGUCUAGGCUGUCUAGGGGUGCUCGAGUACCAUUAGAAUAUAUAACAUACAAUGAUCGCCAUCGAAGGAAGUCUUCCUUAGUCACAAUCGAUCGUCAUGAAUGGUACGAUGCACCAAAGAUAUACACCCGCGAUGAUAGUUCUGGCUUAUGGCUGGCAAGACCUGCAUUGCAGCCCGAGUCCCUAUUCUUUUCGUCUUGUAUCAGUGAUCUUGGACAAGAUUUAGAAGGAGGAACAUCUAUAUCAAGUAGUGAAUCUACUCUUCUGAAACACACAACUCAAACUAACAAUUUGGACUCGAUAAAUAGUGUUGCUAGUUCAGAAGCUAAUAAUGAUCAUUGUUUUAAAGAAGAUGUUUCUGGAAAAGAAGUACAUGACAUUGAAACAAGAACACAAGGGCUUGGGGAUUUAACUAUAAAUAACAAUGUUGUUGUUGAUGGUACCUCAGAAGAAACUAAAGAAAUCAAGUUGGAGGAUUCAAUGGUCACCGAAAGUAAAAAUUCAUGCAGCCAUAAAGAUUCAAAAGAAGCUGCAAGUAUUGCUUCAUUUUCAGAGCAUGUCAUAGAGCCUGCCCUUGUGAUGGUAGAGGUUAAUGUGCCUCCGUCAUGUUUGCUUGAUGGCCUCCAUUCACGAUAUUUUUAUGGAACGGGAGUCAUUAUACAUCAUUCUCAAGGAAUGGGAUUAGUUGCAGUUGACAGAAAUACAGUUCCAAUAUCUGCAUGUGAUGUGAUGCUAUCUUUUGCCGCAUUUCCUAUUGAAAUACCAGGCCAGGUGGUUUUUCUUCAUCCUGUUUAUAAUUAUGCUCUUGUGGCAUAUGACCCAUCUGCUUUAGGAGCUGGAGCUUCAAUGAUUCGUGCUGCUGAACUUCUUCCUGAGCCUGCAUUAUCUCAUGGAGAUCCGGUAUAUCUAGUGGGGCUAAGAAGUUUACGAGCAAUCUCUAGGAAAGCUGUAGUGACAAAUUCGUGUCUUGCUUUGAACAUUGGUUCAACCGAACCUCUAUGUGUUAGAGCAACAAGUAUGGAAGUGAUUGAGCUUGAUUCCGAUUUUGGUAUUGCAUUUCGUGGCAUCCUGAGUAAUGAGCAUGGAAAGGUGCAAGCUUUGUGGGCCAGCUUUGCAACAAAGGCAAAACCUGUGGGCAAUACACCUUCUCAAUAUGUUAAAGGUAUUCCAAUCUAUAUGGUCAGCCAAGUACUUGACAAGAUUAUAUCCGGUGCAAAUGGACCAUCUCUUCUCAUAAAUGGUAUCAAAAGGCCAAUGCCACUUGUUAGGGAUUUAGAGGUUGAUCUUAUCCCCAGAUCCCUAUCAAAGGCUCGGAGUUUUGGAUUGAGUGAGGAAUGGAUCCAAACUCUUAUUAAGAAAGAUCCAGCAAGACGCCAGGUUUUACGUGUUAAAGGUUGUUUGGCUGGAUCGAAAGCAGAGAUUCUAUUAAAACAAGGUGACAUGGUGUUGGCAGUGAAUAAGGAGCCCGUUUCUUGUUAUCUUGAUAUGGAAAAUGCCUGUAAAUUGUUAGAGAAUUGUGGUGGCAAUGAUGAGAAACUUAACAUGACCAUAUUUAGACAGGGACAUGAAAUUGAUCUUCUUGUAGGGGUAGAUCUUAGAAAUGGGAACGGCACAACACGUAUGAUAAAUUGGUGUGGGUGCAUUGUUCAGUAUCCGAAUUCAGCUGUGCGUGCUCUUGGAUUUCUUCCUAAAGAAGGACAUGGUGUUUAUGUUGCUAAGUCGCAUCGUGGAAGUCCUGCAGAUCGAUAUGGUCUAACUUCUCUUCGAUGGAUAGUUGAAGUCAAUGGAAAACCAACUCCUAAUUUGGAUGCUUUUGCUAUUGUAACGAAGGAAUUGGAAAUUGGGGAAUUUGUUCGUAUUAAAACUAUCAACUUGAAAGGAAAAUCGCAAGUGUUAACAUUGAAACAAGACUUGCAUUACUGGCCUACAUGGGAAUUGAAAUUUGAUCUAGACAAAGCAGUAUGGUGUAGACACACAAUCAAGGCAGGCAGUAAUCCAUAAAACAAUAAGGUUAUGUUUGGUUCGUAAAUAGGUCCGGAGCAGAAUAAUUAUUUCGUAUAAACUAGCUAUUCAUUAUUUUGGUUCAUGGAAUAAGUAUUUAACUCAAAGUAAAAAAUAACUAUUACAUUCCUAAAAAAUAGUUAUUCCAUUCCGUGAACCAAACAUGGUCUAAGGCUGUGUUUGGUUUUUGGAAUAUAUAAAGAUUAUAAUAAUUAUUCCAUUUAGACUUGUUA